AUGGCGGGAGGUGCUGAUACCGGCGCGAGCAUGUACGAUGCCGCCCUUCAUCGCCGUCAGGCUUUGAUGGGUGCCAGCGGUGCCCGUGCGCUCGUCAAGAACUGGAAGGUCUUCCGCAUCGCCAUGUUUGCCUGUAUUGGCGGCGUGCUCUACGGAUACAACCAAGGAAUGUUUUCUGGUCUUCUCGCCAUGCCAUCCUUCAAGGAGCACAUGGGCGAGUAUGACCCCUUUGAUGACACUGCGGACCAGACCAAGAAGGGCUGGCUCACCGCCAUCCUCGAGCUUGGUGCCUGGGUCGGUGCUCUGUCGUCUUCCUUCAUCGCCGAGGUGCUCUCCCGCAAAUAUGGUAUCAUCAUUGCCACCGCCGUCUUCAUCUUUGGUGUCAUCAUCCAGACCACUGCUAUCGCUGGCCCCGGACCAAAUGCCACGCUCGCUGGUCGCUUCAUCACGGGUAUGGGAGUUGGCAGUGUGUCCAUGAUUGUGCCUAUCUACGCAUCAGAGAUUGCCCCUCCAGAAGUUCGUGGUGCUCUGGUCGCUACGCAGCAGCUUGCAAUUACCUUUGGUAUCAUGGUCAGCUUCUGGAUUGACUACGGCACGAACUACAUUGGCGGCACUGAGCGCGGCCACCAGACUGAUGGCGCUUGGAUGGUCCCUACCUGUCUCCAGCUCGGCCCAGCCAUCGUUCUGCUAGUCGGAAUGAUCUUUAUGCCCUUCUCGCCCCGUUGGCUGCUCAAGCACGGCCGCGAGGCCGAGUCUCGCAAGGUCCUCGCGUCCCUCCGCAACCUCGCGGAAGACCACGAGCUUGUCGAGCUUGAAUUCCUCGAGAUCAAGGCUCAGGCUUUCUUCGAGAAGCGCACCGCGGCCGAGAAAUUCCCCGGUCUGGCAGAGCCGACCGCCUGGAACCAGUUCAAGCUGGAGCUGCUGUCGAUCAAGUCCCUCUUCCAGACCAAGGCCAUGUUCAAGCGAGUUGUGGCCGCAACAGUGACCAUGUUCUUCCAGCAAUGGACUGGCAUCAAUGCCGUGCUCUACUACGCCCCACAAAUCUUCCAACAGCUCGGCCUUACCGGCAACACGAUCUCUCUUCUUGCCACCGGUGUUGUCGGCAUCGUCAUGUUCCUCGCCACCAUCCCUGCAGUUCUCUGGAUCGACCGAGUCGGCCGCAAACCGGUCCUCGCCAUCGGUGCUUUGGGCAUGGCACUCUGCCAUUUUAUCAUUGCAGUUCUUCUCGCCAAGAAUGAGCAUCAGUGGGCUACACAGCCUGCUGCUGGUUGGGCUGCCUGCGUGAUGGUCUGGCUUUUUGUCAUUCAUUUCGGCUACAGUUGGGGGCCGUGCGCUUGGAUCAUAGUCGCGGAGAUCUGGCCCCUGAGCUCCCGAUCGUACGGUGUCGCCCUCGGCGCGUCCAGCAACUGGAUGAACAACUUCAUUGUUGGACAGGUUACCCCUAUCAUGUUGCAAGGCAUUACCUACGGCACAUACAUCCUGUUCGGCCUCCUGACCACCCUCGGCGCCGCGUUUGUGUGGUUCUUCCUGCCUGAGACGAAGCGCCUCACGCUCGAGGAGAUGGACGUCGUCUUUGGCAGCCAGGGCACCGCGCAGGCCGACUUUGAGCGCAUGGCCGAGAUCAACGAGGAGAUUGGCCUGACCCGCUUCCUCAACACCAAUGUCCCCUCUGGCGGCCGUGACGUCACCUCGAUCGAGAAGUCGCAUGUUCAGGAGAAGGAGGAUUCCAGCUAG